CCCUCCGGCAGCUGUACGGAAACCCAGCGAGGACCCCGCGAAGGGUGGCUACUCCAACGCCUGACUCGCCAAAGUCUUUUUUGUCCCAUUCCUCUCCAGCUGCAAAAUGGGCAAGUGUCGUGGGCUUCGUACAGCUAGAAAACUACGUAAUCACCGCCGGGAACAGAAAUGGCAUGACAAACAGUACAAGAAGGCCCAUUUGGGUACUGCUCUGAAGGCCAAUCCUUUUGGGGGAGCUUCCCAUGCCAAAGGCAUUGUCCUGGAAAAAGUCGGAGUAGAAGCUAAGCAGCCAAAUUCUGCCAUCAGGAAGUGUGUCCGAGUCCAGCUCAUCAAGAAUGGCAAGAAGAUAACAGCCUUUGUUCCUAACGAUGGUUGUUUGAACUUCAUUGAGGAGAAUGAUGAAGUCCUAGUUGCUGGAUUUGGUCGGAAGGGUCAUGCUGUUGGUGACAUUCCAGGAGUUCGCUUCAAAGUUGUUAAAGUAGCCAAUGUUUCUCUGUUAGCGUUGUACAAGGGAAAAAAAGAGAGACCCCGAUCAUAAGUUCUGCAAUGGUGUUGUAAUAAACAUUUUCAUUUAACAAGA